AUGCCGAUGAACGAACACGAAGAUCAAAUUCAAAUAACAAGUCGUCAAUCAUCGAGUACUUCUCGAAAUGCUUUUAUUACUAAUGAAUAUGACGACAUUAUGAAUGGAAAUAGCCUCGAUAACGAUGAGACGGUAAUAGUCUCGCAUAAUAGUGCAUCAGGAUAUAUUGGUGGAUAUCCUACAUCCAUUGCUUUAGAUCGUUGCAAGCGGCAUGUACUAGCGCCUUAUCUGAGGUUUAUUUCUUUUUUGGGCUGGUUGCCAAUAUUUCGAGUUGGCCCAUCUAAUCAAUCUUUUUGCGAAAGCGCUAUCAAUUUCGUCUAUCCUGUGCUGGUCAUCUGUUUUAUAUUUGGGGCUUACACGAUUCAGUGUUUUACCUGCUUUCGCCGAGACACGCCCUUCAUUAAAACUAUCAAUGGAAGCGUCCACUGUUCUGAUAGUAUCAUUUCGCAAUAUAUUAUCCCAGAUAUAUUGCACUCUGUUGCCUACUUUUAUUGCUUUUACUUAUAUCGAUUUGCUGGAUCUGAACAUUUACAGACAAAUAUGCAAAGGACGUUCCUGCAAGCAAGGCCCACGGAUUUCGGAGAAAAUUCGCAAAAAAAAUUAAUCAGAAUAUUAAGAGUUUUCCUUUACUCCGGAAUUGCCAUCGUAGGUGCAUCUUUCUUAAUCCAACUUUUCCACUUAAUUAUCAGAAUUAAUCGUGAUCAAGGAUUAGCUCUGUUAUGGCAUCCAAUGAUCAAAAUACACGAUUCUCGACUUAUUGUCUUGGGAUUCUUUCUGUUAGCUGGUUUUAUAAUGCUUGAUAGCGUUUAUAUAGCGCUAGUUAUUAAUUAUGCAAGCCAUUGCCAACUCUUAAUAGUUUAUAUAAGAGGAUUAAAGCAAAAGAUCAUAGAACGGACGUGUAAUUUAGAAAACGCUAUGAAGGAGAUACAGAAUACUGCUGGAUAUGUAGCAGAAUUAAAUGAUGUUAUUGCUCCCGCUGCAUCGAUUAUUUUGUUUAAUUUUGCAACAUCGUCAAUCUUAGGACUCAAUGCUCUAAUAUUAGGUCGUCAGGAUGAUUUCGAUGUCGCUACUUAUGCCGAUACAAUUUUGUCAAUUCUACUUUGGUUAACACUUCUUUCUAUCCCUUUCGUUCAAGCAUCGCGAUUAACUUCCUAUUGUAGAUCGCUGAAAAAAUUAGGAAUUCGAGUUCGAGUGCGACCAUUCGUUUACCAAAAUGAACCUCGUGAAGAUCUUGAUUCCUUCCUUCAAUUUACUUCAGAAAUUAAAAUGAGGGCUAAAUUGUUUAAAGUUCCUGUUGUGUCAUCAACCCUUUUUUUCAUGCUUGUAACUAUCGCUUUGGUGGCAUUGAUCUUAUUUCAACUGGGAAUACUUUCUAUCUGGUUUGCACCACAGAAUUAA